UCAGUGAUGCGAAGCAUUGCAAUGUUAACGUUACUGUUUGUAAACAAAUUCAGGAGAGCGACCAGCGACCUGAAAGUGCCUGAAAGCGACUUCAUCACUUCAAGUUUUCCUUGUAAUGAGGGAAAACAACAACUCAUGAUUUUGAGAUAACGAACACACCUUAACUGAAAUGGAAGAGAAAAUGUCAAAAAAGGCUGAAUUAGAGCGUAUAUUCUCUCAACUGUUGAAUGCUCCUGAAUUACGUAGUGAAGUACGUGGCUACCUUCGUCAUCGUCUUUUCACUGCCUUGCACCAUUCAAGGUUGGGUCCUUCCCUGAACCAACUACCGGAUUCGCACCCUGUUUCGCCAAAACUGCAGACCCUAAACCUCCUUAUCGCUGAAUAUCUUUUAAAGCAACGACACCACUUCACUCUGUCCGUAUUCUCUUGUGAAGCACCUAAUGUCAGCUGCAUCAGCCCCAACAUUCCAGAAAUGCUGAAACUUCGAGCCUCGGAAGGAUCAGGCUCACAAAUUUUCAGCAAAGAAGACAUCUGUGAUAUUACUGACACCCUAGGCAUUCCAAAAGACUGUGCGCCGAUCAUCAAACUAAGCUCAAAAUACUUGGAGGGAAAGGACCAAGCUUUUCUAACUUGUUUAAUGCGAAGUCUACCUGACUUUUUUGAGCAUGCUCUAAAUAUCUCAACCAAGUCUAGUGACCACACUGUAAAGAAUCAUGACACAGUUGACCAUCAGGAGAUUGAAAGGAUAUACCAAAAAGAGAUAUUGUCUCUGACAGAAAACUUUCAAACGGAGUUACAUGAGAAGAAUGAGAAAAUUAAAGAGCUGCAGCUGCUUUUGCUGGAUAACAGUGAUACCCAAGAACAAAACAAAAGAAUUGAAACACUAACAAGGAACCUGAAGCAAAUGGAGAUUCAAUUUAAAAAUUUUGAGGCUGCUAAACAUCGAGAAUUUUUGGGUCUGAAGCAACUCAAUCGAAGUCUUGAAAAUGAAAUGCAAGAAUUACAAGGUGAACUUGAAACUCGGAAAAAACAUCUUAGAGAUGAAGAGUUUCGAGUGGAGCGAGAAAAGUUGGCUCUGAAGCGGAACAAAAAGAAACUGAUCAAGCAUCAAAAGCAACUAGAUGAAGUUUCCAUUGCUUUAACAGAACACUUUCCUGAUCAAUCAAAUCUCCCUGCUCUUGAAAUCCAGCUGCAAAUGAAAGAUCAGGAAAUAAGCGAACUGAGGUCAAGAUGCCAGAGCCUUCAAGAAGAAAAUAAAAUUCUGCAAUCGCUGAGCACACAGCAAAGAGGUCGAAUUGACAGCCUCAAUGACAAAGUGUCCUCAUUGGUAGGCGAGCUGCAUUUGGCUAGGGAAAGGGCUCUCAGGGCCAGACAGGCAACUAGCGAUGCUGACAGCAGUCCAACAGAUGAUGUGGUCAAGGACGCCAGGAGAAGAAUUAGGUCACUGGAGGAAGAGUUUGAAGCUAUCGAGAAACAGCACAAGGACUACAAAAACAAGAGCGGGUCAUCCUUGGCAUUAAAAAUUUCAGGUUUGCAAACUGAGCAACCAUCAGCUGUAUCUCCAAGACAAACACCUUUCACAAGCUCAUUCGCCACCAAAUCGCCUCGGAUGAUAAUGGUGGAAGAAAUCCAGUCCUCGUUAAAAUCUCUCCAGGAAAGUAUCAAAGCAAACCCAGAGAGACUGAGGCAAUCAAAGUUUGACCAGUCAAGAUUGAAGAUUCUUGAUAUUUCUGCCAGUAGUAUUUCUUCUGAGUCCACUGGGAUUGAUUUGAAGUUAAGUGGUGAAGAAAAAGCAAGUAGUGGAGUUAAGACUGCAUUUCUCAAAGAUCUCAGCGAGUCCAUUUCCCCAAUACCCAUAAUUCAGAGCAAAGUGACUAUGAGUCCAAGACAUCACAUUCCAGAAGUGGAUUCAGCCACUCAACUCCCAGUGGCUUCUGUUGAGAAAGAGAAUCAGAAAACGACAAAUGAGUGUGACAAACAGGAAACGUCACUGGCAAAGAUUUCUUUUCAGGCAGAGCCUUUGGGUACAAGUGAGGAACUGAAACUGACAAUUCCUAGUAGUAGUUCAAGCGGGUCGUCUGCCAAUAAUAUUUUAAAUGUGACGCAACCAGAUGCUACAGAAACUGAGAGAAGACUAGAAUUUUCUGUUAUUGAUAGUAGGAUUGAGGGCGAUGGUGUGGUUGAAUCAAGCACAAGUGAGGAUAAAAGUGUUCCACACGUUACUGGGGGUGUUGUUGAUGACGACAAUUUUUGGGAUUUGUAAUGCAUCAAUACACACCUUUAAAAUUUUAACUGUACAUUUUUGGAAUAAAAAAGUAACUUUCAA